GCGCUACAUGAAGCACAAGCGGGACGACGGAGCGGAGAAGCAGGACGAGGAGACGGUAGACGUCACCCCCAUCAUGAUCUGUGUGUUCGUGGUGAUGUGCUGCAGUAUGCUGGUGCUACUCUACUUUUUCUACGACCGCCUGGCCAUUUGGGUCAUAGCCAUCUUCUGUGUGGCCUCCUCUGUCGGCCUCCACAGCUGUCUGUGGCCUUUUGUCAGGAGACUCCCUUUCUGCAAGUGCAGGGUCCCGGAGAACAACUUGCCGUACUUGCACAAGCGGCCGCAGAUCCGCAUGUUGCUGCUGUCGGCGCUCUGCAUUGGUGUCAGCAUCACCUGGAUGGUGUUUCGCAAUGAAGACCAGUGGGCGUGGGUGUUACAGGACGCCCUGGGGAUCGCCUUCUGUCUCUACAUGCUCAAAACAGUCAGACUCCCCACAUUUAAGGCUUGCACCUUACUACUGUCAGUCCUUUUCGUGUACGAUGUCUUCUUCGUAUUUAUUACACCCUUCUUAACAAAGAGUGGGGAAAGUAUAAUGGUGGAGGUAGCGGCCGGUCCCUCUGACUCCUCCACACAUGAAAAGCUUCCCAUGGUGCUCAAAGUGCCACGGUUAAACUCUUCUCCCCUGGCUCUGUGUGACCGGCCCUUCUCCCUCCUGGGUUUUGGUGAUAUCUUAGUACCAGGUCUGCUGGUGGCGUACUGUCACAGGUUUGACAUUUUAACUCAGUCCUCCAGGAUCUACUUUGUGGCCUGUACAAUCGCAUACGGCAUCGGCCUGCUGAUCACCUUCGUGGCCCUGGCCGUGAUGCAGAUGGGUCAGCCGGCCUUGCUCUACCUGGUGCCUUGCACUCUGCUCACCAGCCUCACUGUAGCACUGUGGCGCAGGGAGUUGCCCCAGUUCUGGACUGGAAGUGGAUUUGUGCCUGCCAUAGUGCUCGCACCGAUCAACUGUACACAAACCGCAGCGCCGCAGACAGAGGGGUCCUCGACUAAACCGGAGCCUCAAACCACAGAAGCCACCAAUCAGAGCGAAGACUCACCCCGGCACUCGCCUCAGGAAACGCCGCUAGCCAGGAAAGACGAAGAGGGAAACAAAUCUGACUGACGGGACGUCUAGUACGGCAUUUACCAUUUCACUUCAUGUUUUAUUCGCUGUUGAGGUUUUUUUUUUUUCUACAUUGUGUCUCAGUCAAUGGACAUUUUAAGUACGGACAUUUAUUUGCACUCGGUGCGAAGGGAAGAGCAGGAGAUCUGUUUUCUGAAUGGCCGGCUCAGCGGGGCACCGGGAUUGGACACGUGAAUUUGAGGCAUUUAAAACUGACAAAACACAUCCGAGUAUAAAACCCGCACAGCAGCGGCAGCAACACCUUCUACAUACAGACAACAUACAGUCUGUACCACCUCUAAAAGGGAAUGAAAAGCCACAUCUGGAAGCCACACCAGCUGCUGAACACUACAUACGUUAAAACCCGAAGCCCCGGUCACACCAGCGGUUAAAACGGUGACAUUUAACGGCAAAUAUCUAUUAAUUUCUACGGAAUCACUGCGGUUAGUGGACAGGGGGAGUUAAAGUCCUGCUAUCAUAUCCUGUUAGUGGUGUUACAUACAGUUUAUUUAACCUCUGAUGGAUCCAUGAAAGAAGUAAAGCUCAGUUGUGACGAUUCGAGGCUUUUUAUUGUCAAACAUGAAGGUAAUCUGAAUAUCUUUGGGUUUCUUUAAGACGUGAAACUUGAGCUCUCAGAAAUUAAAAAGGGAUAUUUUCACUUUUUUCUUACAUUUUUGAGACAAAACGAUUCAUUAAGUAUUGGCAGUUUGAUAAUCGGCAGAUUUAUCUAUAAAUGCUGGUUUAUCAUCAACUGUGUGAACUUCCUGUCCUGUUAGACAAUCUUAUGAACUGAGAGCUUUCUGUUCUCCUUUUAAUAAAUUAAAUUAAAUUAAUAUUCUAAUUCUAUUACUAUCCAUCUAUUAAAAAUAGAAGCAAGUUUAGAGAUCAAGUGUGACUGACUGCUCGCUCGCAACUAUCCCCGCAAGUGAUCAAUAUGUCAACAAACGUCUAGAACCAAAUAUUUAGCUGUGCCACUUUCUGGUGGGACGGGUCCUUAAAAGGUCUCAAUGUGUUCGAAAUGAACUUGUUAGUACAAGAAGUGUCGUAUGAAGACCAAAUGUGUUUAUAGCUGUUCCAAACAGCCGCACGUGAAGAGUUAAAACGCCUGUUGUCAUAGAGAUACAAUGCUGAAAUGGAGGUAAGGUUUAAGUUGUUGCACUAUUCAUUGUUGGUUGUAGUCCAGUGUUGGGAAGGUGGGUUUGAGACGCUGUUACAGUUCAAUAAAGCACUUCCUUUUGAAGCAUACGGAGGACACGAACAUACACCCACUGCAUAACAAAGCCUCCAUUACAUCAUAAACAACACAGACUAUAAAGUACAGCAGUGGAGACUUUGGUGCUAUGAUGGUUGUUGACUGAGCCAAAGCGAUAAGAUCCCUUUCUUUUUUUUAUCUGAAGCAUUUGUUGUUUUCUCAUCUCACUUUUGGUAUAUUUUGUUUUUGCAUGCUAUGAUUUAGAUUGUUUUUGCCCUUUUUUUUUUAUAUAUAUAUAAAAGCAGUGUAUAAUCUGUAGUGCAGACUUUGUAAACAGUGUCGGCGGUGCGACCGCCACAGAUUUGCUCCCCAGUAGUUACUCAUAUUGUCUUAAGAAUUUGUUUUCGGCCUUAAAUGUGUCCGUGUCGGGAGGUUCAAGCAGAAUGUGUAAAAGAUGCUUUAUAAAAAAAAAAACUACUGUACUGUACUUUAAAUGAUGACGUGCUGCAGUUUAACGUAUGAGCCGAGGAGCGCGUGAUGGGUUACCAAUGUUCAUAGAUUAGUUUGUAUGACGCAUUUGCACAAUAUUUUUGAAUUCAUGGGCUGACAGAAGUUGUUGGUUCAUGUCUGUAUAUGUUUAUGUAUAAUCCAUAAAAAAAAAGGUUUAAAGAAACGGAAACCGAGGUAUCAAUAUAUCCAAUAUACAUUCAUUUUGUUUUUCUAAGUCACUUCAUUGUCUACACAGAAUACAUAUUAGAGAUAUUUCUGAUUCUCAUUCAUUUAUGAUGCCUGUUAACCAACAUUUCUGUGUAGAAGUUGAGGUCAAAGGUCAAAUGAGAGCGAGUUUAGUUGUCUGGAUGUGUGCCCUCGCUGAUUUCCAGGAGAUUAUUCAUUCACCAGUAUAGUUUGUUGUCACCAAGUGGUUUUUAAUGCCUCUGUUGAGGAAUACGUAUAAUAAAAAAAACAUUGUAUCUGA